AUGAUAGCCACUGGAGGCCUCUUGAGGAUCUCAGCCAGGAAACAGGAUCCACUGCGGCCUCAGAGCCAGGUUCCAAAACGCAAGCGCAAAGCCAAAAAGAAACGCAAGAACGACGUGGUGGUGGUAAAGGGCAAGCUCAAAUUCUGCUCACUCUCAGGCCUCAUCGCUCUCUGUGGCAUCCUGGUUCUGCUUGUGGGAAUUGCCUUGGCAGUAGUAGGCUAUUGGCCGAAGCCUCUUUACCGGGCGGGGGGGAACCAGUUCUUGCCACCACACGGAGGAAGCACCAAAAAUCGCUCCAGGAGCCACGGAGGGAAUGCAGGAGAAUCUCAUCUGGAAGGCUCCGGAACUAAUUCCUCCUUCCCUAACAGAAAGAAAGUUCCCCCUCAUUCAUCACCUUCCCCUUCGCCCUCCUCAGCAAGUUUCCUUUUUCAACUUUUUUCUGGGUAUUUGCAUUCAGACAAGCUUAAGGUGCUAGGGCCUCUCAUCAUGGGCAUUGGAAUCUUCCUCUUCAUUUGCGCCAAUGCAGUUCUCCAUGAGAAUCGUGACAAGAAGACCAAGAUUAUCAACCUGAGGGAUCUGUACUCCACGGUCAUAGAUGCACACAGUCUUCGGACCAAGGAUGGGCCCCCCUCAGCUUCUGUGGCCCCAGUCCCAAUCAAUGGCUUUGUUAACUAUGUUCAGUCUCGGGGGAUGGAACUGAAACCUGGCAGUGGGUCCGGGGAAGCCUUAGGGGCCGCUGCCACGCUAGCCAAGAGCGCCUGGCACCCAGCGGUGAGUGCCCCCCUGUCUCCUCCUGACUUAGCAUCGACACCACGCUGCUCCUCCUUCUCCUCCUCUAGGCAUCCACCACCACCUAGCUUGACCGAGGCUGUGUACAGCAUCUAUCGGGAGAGAGCUGCCUUGGACAGAACUGCUCGGAGCCCACCUUGCAGCCCUCCAGAGAGCUGGGACCAACGCAGCACUGCCAGUUCCAUUGUGGGCUCCUCACUCAGCGCCUUCACUUUGCUGCCGCUGGCUCAGGGGGAGGCAGCAGAUAAAGACUGUCGUGGAUGGCGGAGACCAUUGGGUGAACGAGGGACCAUGGAGAUUCCACGGGGCGAGUUUGAGCUCAGUCUGACUGAGCUCAGGAGCAAAUAUGUGGACACAAGGCAAAGUCACACCAUGCUGCCCAGGACGGGCAAACGCAAACUUGUUCUUAGACGCCAGAGCACAAGCUGCCUCCCUGAUGCCAGGAGAUCCCUCUCCCCAGAACCCUCGCAGACGUUGGGCAGUAGCACAGACUUAGACUCUAGUCUUUUAGUAAAGGCUUCCUCUUCCAGCUACUCCAAAUCCCUAGAUCUGGGGGACUCUCCCCCUUCCACACCACCUGGGGAUAGGAGAGAUUCCCAGAACUCUCAGUGUGAUCAGUACAGAAGCAAUAAGGGCUACACCCCACUGGAGGAGACAGGUACCUCCUUGGAAUCUAUUGCCAACACCCCAGCCCAUAAAACCCAGGAUUGUGAUAUCAACCCUAGUGGGGAAACUGCCCCCUCAGAGGGAACCAGCAAAGAACAAACAGAGCAACAGCAUUUGAAAAUUCAAAGACAAUAUACAAAUAAAGAGAAACUCUUCAUGAUCUCCAGGUCGGAUGCUGUUGCCGGGCUGGAGGAAGGAGACCUGGAAAGCACUGGCAUUUAA